CGUUCUGUGUUUGCAGAUGUAUGAUAAGCCAAGUAAAGAGCUAUAAUAGACGCACUGAACUUCCAAACUCUGGAAGAAUUGACUAGAUAUUGGCUGAACACUUGAAUCUUGGCUGACUGCAUUCUGGAAUAGGAAAAAUGGCACUAGGAGUACCCUACAUGAAAAUGAAAGCAGGUUCACAGAAUUUGCAGAUCCAGACACAUACUGUGGAGAAGUUGCUGGAACCUCUCAUAAUUCAGGUUACCACCUUGAUGAAUUGCUCUCAAAACCCUUCAAACAAGAAAAAGGGAUGUUCCAAAAGAGCCCGUGCUAUCCUUGCAUCUGUGGAAGAAGCUACUUGGAACUUAUUGGACAAAGGGGAAAAAAUUGCAAAGGAGGCCCCUGUACUUGUGGAGGAGCUCAAUGCUGCACUUCAUGAUGUUCGCAAAGAAAGUGAAAGCCUAAAAACUGCAGCGAAAAAAUUCACAGAUGAUCCUUGUUAUUUGCCCAAAAGGGAGGCAGUUGUCCAAGUAGCACGUGCUCUCUUGGCUGCUGUUACAAGACUUCUUAUUCUGGCAGAUAUGAUUGAUGUCUCGUACCUGUUGCAACAUCUAACCACAGUUCAAAGAACGCUUCAGUCUCUUCAAAAAGUGUCUAGUAAAUCUGAGCUACAGAAAACAUAUAAAAACCUUCAGAAAGAACUGAAAAAGUUGGACGAUUUGGCAUACAAGCGACAACAGGAUUUAAAAUCCCACCAUCAGCGAGAUGACAUUGCAGCUGCACGUGCCUGUCUGAAGGAAAAGUCACCUCUUCUUCAUUCAGUUUGCUCUGCUUGUUUGGAACAUUCGGACAUUGAGUCUCUUAAAGCCAGCAAGGAUUCAGUUUGCAAUGAAAUAGAGAAUGCACUCAAUGCCAUUUCUAAUGCUUCUCAAGGAAUCGGUAAUCAAAAGGCUGAGCCCGAAUCACAGGCAGCUACCCUUGGAACUGCACUUGAUGAACUUGAGCAUUUGGUUGCCUUGGAUCCUCUUACGAUGAAUGAAGACAAAAUAAGACCAUCACUGGAAAAACGUUUAGAAGGAAUUAUCAGUGGUGCUGCUUUAUUAGCUGAUUCUUCGUGCACACGUGAUCUGCACCGUGAGCGAAUCAUCACUGAGUGUAAUGCUAUUCGCCAGGCUCUCCAAGAUCUCCUUUCAGAGUGCAUGAAUAAUGCUGGCAAAAAGGAAAGGAGCAAUGCCUUGAAUACUGCAAUAGAUAACAUGUGCAAGAAGACAAGAGAUCUCCGCAGGCAGCUUCGUAAAGCGAUCAUCGAUCAUAUCUCAGACUCCUUCUUGGACACAACUGUUCCACUUCUAGUACUCACUGAAGCUGCUAAAAAUGGAAAAGAACAGGAGAUAAAGGAAUAUGCUGCCAUAUUCCAAGAACACACGUAUAGGCUUAUUGAGGUGGCUAAUCUUGCUUGCUCAGUAUCAACAAAUGAAGAAGGAAUUAAAAUUGUCCAAACAGCAGCCACUCAUAUGGAAACUUUGUGCCCACAGGUAGGACUAUUCUCGGCAGAUUAAAGAAAAGGAUGGCUUUCUGUCAUGUCUCCCUGUCAAUCACAUGGUCCUAAGGCAGGCUGAUAUCCUUGCCAUUGCCAGCUGAAGAUAUUGUGCUGCUUGAAGCAAAUGCCAGAUUCCCCCUCCCAGCUAUGAGCAAUAUU